AUGACAUGUAACCCGAUCAUUAGACCAUUUUUGGAGCGCGCAGGAUUCGAAGAAGUCAUCAAAAUAACAAAUUAUCUCCUAGAUACCAAGUUCGUUUUGGCACUGCAAGAAAGGUGGCGACCCGAGACACAUACAUUUCAUCUUCCGAUAGGUGAAUGUGCAGUUACUCUCGAGGACACUCACAUGUUAUUGGGUUUACCCAUUAAUGGUAAGGCGGUAAACGGUCUCACUAAUCCUAGCGGUAGUGUGAUAGAAGAACUCUUAGGGGUUGAACCAACCCCAAGAGAUUUGAGGGGCCAAAAAAUAUUAUUAUCAUGGCUCAAAAGAAUUUUUGGAGAAAUGAGGUUAACCCAAGAUUCUCCAGAAAUAUUGAAAAUAAGAAAAACAAGAAUUUAUAUUAUGUUAUUACUAGGUUUAUUUUUAUUUCCCGAUACAAGUGGCAACGCUAUCCACUCUAUGUAUUUAGUUUUACUAGAUGAUAUAGAUAAAAUAAGAACAUAUAAUUGGGGGUCCGCUACACUAGCGCACCUAUAUCGGUCUUUGUGUAACAACGCAAUAGCAAAUUCGGGAAAUUGGACCGGUUGUGGUGUUCUUCUUCAAGCUUGGGGAUGGUCAAGGAUGACCAAUCUACCACCUAUCCAACAAAAUAAUUUUGAAUUCCCAUACGCUACAAGGUGGUCUUCACUUGGGAUGAAUUACGACAACUGUCCUCAUUUCAGUAUCACCCAAUACAGAAAUCUUAUAGAUCAUUUGGGACAAGAUGAUUUUAUUUGGCGGCCAUAUCUUGGUCUAGAAGUCAUUCACGAAGUUAACCAACACGACUCUGCAGUGUGGAGUGCAAAGGUGCCGAUUAUCAACUUCACAACCGUGGAGAUGCACAACAGUAAUCGUGUAAAGCUUCAGUUUGGAAUGCUUCAAGAUAUUCCAUGUCCGCCGAAAUGCAUCCUCGACAAAUAUCACACCUGUAAAGUCUCCGACCAAUGA